UCAGGAUGUUCGUGCGUUACGACCGUAAAAUCUGCGAAUUCCAAAUAGAAAGAUAAACAGCAUAAAUAGAAUUCGGAUAUUUUUCUCUUCUACGAGUAGAAAAAAUAACGCGAGUCAUGCGUUAAAACGUUUAAUGGAUCUUUUGUCUUAGUAAGGUGAAGACGCACGUGUGAGAUAGACCUGUCACACACACACACAACACACACACACACGCGCUCGGGCCUGACUUGUCAAAAAUAGCGGCGUUCGAUUGUAGCUGCUGCUCGCAGCCGGUUGACGAUCGCUCGCACCGCAGAUCGGCAUUUGACUCGAUAUGCAUUCAACAACGUUAAUUAUUUGAACAGUGAAAAGUUCUCUCUCUGCACGUGUGCAGAAAGUUAAAUUUUAAUUCUCACGAUGAUAUCGACGAGAUACAUAUCGUUCUUGUCGGGGAUAGUGAUAGCUUCCCUAACAUGGGCGUUCAGUUUGUAUCUUUACUCGAAACUGUCGUCGAACAUCAUCACUGCCGAUCCCACCACGAUGUCGGCGCCCGGCGCUUCCGCGCGAGGAGAAAACAAUUACCGAGACAUGAUGCUGCGCGACAACGUUGUCAUUCCGCGCAACGAGAAACAAGUCUUGAUCGCCAAGAACGUCUACCAAUUGAACGAUGAUCGAGAUCGCAGGAACAAUCUGCAGCACUUCCAACCGAUCCCGGUGAAACCCGCUGUUACUCUGGAUCAAGAUUUGGACGAAUUGGGAAUGGUAAGAAACUUAGAGGAUCAACAGAAAAAGGACAGCGGAUACAAGGAUUACGCCUUCAACGUUCUGAUAUCUGACAAUCUUGGUGUGCGAAGAAACAUACCCGACACAAGGCACAAACUCUGUCGAAGACAAAAGUAUCCCGCCAAUAUGCGAAACGCCAGCGUGGUCAUUUGUUUUUACAACGAGCAUUACAUGACGUUGCUGCGAUCGUUGCAUUCCAUAAUCGACAAGACGCCGGUCACGCUCUUGCACGAGAUCGUUUUGGUGAACGAUUGCAGCGACAGCGACGCGUUGCACGAGAAGAUAAGAGAAUACAUCAAGAACACAUUUGACGCCAGAGUUCGAUUGUUCAAGACCGAGAGAAGGGAGGGUUUGAUCAGAGCGAGGGUGUUCGGCGCGAGAAAAGCAACUGGCAAUGUUCUGGUCUUUCUUGACAGUCACAUAGAAGUGAACGAAAUGUGGCUGGAGCCGCUUCUUUCGAGGAUCGGUCAUUCGAAAACUAUCGUGCCCAUGCCAGUGAUCGACAUUAUAAACGCAGACACGUUUCAGUACACCGGCAGCCCGUUGGUGAGAGGCGGCUUUAACUGGGGUCUCCAUUUCAAAUGGGACAAUCUGCCGGUCGGGACGUUGAGACAUGAAGACGAUUUUGUAAAGCCCAUAAAAUCGCCAACAAUGGCCGGAGGAUUAUUCGCUAUUGACGCAGAAUAUUUUAGAACACUAGGAGAGUAUGACACUGGUAUGGACAUUUGGGGCGGAGAAAAUCUGGAAAUAUCAUUUCGAAUAUGGAUGUGCGGUGGAAGUAUCGAGCUGAUUCCUUGCUCGCGAGUGGGUCACGUGUUCAGAAGACGGCGACCGUACGGCGCGGACGAUCCGGACGACACAAUGCUCAAGAAUUCGUUGCGAGUCGCUCACGUGUGGAUGGACGAGUACAAAGAUUACUUCCUGAAGAGCGCGAAGACGAUAAAUUACGGCGAUAUUUCGGAACGACUGGCUCUGCGUCAGAGAUUGAAAUGCAAGUCCUUUCAUUGGUAUUUAACUGCGGUUUAUCCCGAAUUGGCUUUGCCGGACGACACGGAAAGACGAUUGAAAGACAAGUGGUCGAAGCUCGAGCAGAGACCAAUGCAACCCUGGCACUCGAGGAAGAGAAACUACACCGAUCAGUUUCAAAUCAGACUCUCGAAUUCCGCGCUCUGUCUCCAGAGCGAGAAGGACAUCAAGACCAAGGGCUCGAAACUUAUUCUGAUGCCAUGUUUGAGAAUUAAAUCACAAAUGUGGUACGAAACCGAUAAGAGCGAAUUGUUACUUGGACAAAUUCUGUGCUUGGAGGGCGCUGAAAAGAUACCGAAGCUUGGCAAGUGUCACGAGAUGGGCGGUAAUCAAGAAUGGCGUCACAAGCGUGUUAGCGGUACGCCAAUCUACAAUAUGGCAACAGGAACCUGCUUGGGAGUAAUAAACAAUGCAAAGAAUGCUCAGGUCAUCUUGGAUUUGUGCACGAAAUCGAACACUUCGCUGAUAUCUUGGGAUCUCGUCCGAUCGAAACUUUCGUCCAAGGAUAUCAGAUGACGCAGAAAGAAAGGUCGUAAGAAUAGGAAAAAAAAUUAUGAAGACUGGCUCGGGAGAAAGUGGUAGAAAGGUAUUUGAUUUUUGACAGAUUGUAUAUAUCUGAUAACGCGAUCAGAGAUAAAAAGUAUUUUAUAAGAUUUGUAAUAUUUACAUUUGAAAUAAUGAAAUUUCAAUUAAGCGCAAUAUUUCAAACUUGUUGAAAGUAUUAAUUAGUUGUACAAAAAAAUUAAUUGAUUGUAUGAAAAAAAAAAAAACUAAAACACUUGUGUAAAAGAGUCACGUCUCACUAAGGUGAGAGAUGUACUGAGAAAUUUAAUUUUUACAUCUUUGCUACGUGUAUCUUUAUAUAAGAGUGAAUAUA